CGCAUUUUCCACAUACAUGUAGUUUAAUUAUUUCAUGAUAUUUUAUUCUCAAUCAAACACGAGUCUUUUAUAAACACCAUGGGAAAAUUAAACGUGGUUCUACUGAGGUAUUUAUCUCGGGAUGAUUUUCGGGUCCUGACUGCUGUGGAGAUGGGCAUGAAGAAUCAUGAAAUCGUCCCGGUUAGCUUAAUUGCAUCUAUUGCAAGUCUGAGGCAUGGAGGGUGCAAUAAAGUGCUGAGAGAGCUGGUGGAACACAAACUGCUGGCCUACGAACACACCAAAACUGUGCAUGGGUACCGGCUGAACUAUGGUGGUUAUGAUUACCUGGCUCUUAAGGCACUGUCAUCAAGAGAUGUGAUUUUGUCUGUGGGAAACCAAAUGGGAGUUGGGAAGGAGUCAGAUAUUUACAUAGUGGCGGAUGCGGAAGGUGAGCAGUUUGCACUUAAGCUCCACAGGCUGGGAAGAACAUCCUUCAGGAACUUGAAAAAUAAGCGUGAUUACCACAAACACAGAAACAAAGUGUCCUGGCUUUAUCUAUCCCGCCUCUCGGCUAUGAAGGAAUAUGCAUACAUGAAGGCUCUGUAUGAUCGAGGCUUUCCUGUACCAAAGCCAGUGGAUUUAAACAGACAUGCAGUGGUUAUGGAGCUCAUCAAUGGCCAUCCUCUGUGCCAGGUGCAUGAGAUUCAGGACCCUGCUUUGUUGUACAGUGAAAUAAUGGAGCUGAUAGUUAAACUGGCAAACCAUGGGCUCAUUCACGGAGAUUUUAAUGAGUUUAAUCUGAUGCUGGAUGAUAACGACCAAGUCACAAUGAUCGACUUUCCACAGAUGGUUUCCACGUCUCAUCCGAACGCUGAAUGGUAUUUUGACAGAGAUGUCAAAUGUGUUCGAGAUUUCUUCAUAAAACGGUUUAACUAUGAAAGUGAACUUUACCCAACAUUUAAAGAUAUCAGAAAAGCCUGCUCUCUUGAUGUGGAGGUCUCAGCCAGUGGUUACACCAAAGAGUUGCAGCAAGAUGAUGAGCUUCUACACCCAACUGGCCCAGAGGGAGAAGAAAUGCUCAGUGAAGAUGAAGAUGACAUGCAAGGAGCAACUGAGCUAGAUACUGAGGAGCACAUUAACAUUGAGGAAUACAAACAAGCCAUUGAUGAACUAGAGGGGCAGAGGAUUGGUGACAAUACCCCAUUGGGAGAGGAGAACCCACAGGAACAUGGGGAAAGUAGCUCAUUUAAGAAGAACUGCAAUGAAAAUUUUACUGAUAAUUCAGAAGACAUUGACAGUGAGGAGCUUGAGAAUGAAGAUGAAUGCCCGGAUUUGGUUGAUAUUUCAGCUUUCAACAAGGAAUUCAAGCCUUUCAGAGACCAAGAUAGUCUACUGCAUGUGAAUGCACACAGGCAAAGAACAACCAGUGAAGCCUCCAUUGGAAGUGUAACUAGCCAGUCCACAAUUCCUCCAGCGGUGAUUAAACAGAAGGUAAAACGGCAGCUUACUAAGCAGCAGAAGGUCACACAGAGAAGACGCCUGCAGAAAGGAGAGGCCAACCUGGUGACGAAAGCGAGAAGAGAGAACCAGAGCAACAUUAAGGGCAGUCUAGAAGCAGCUCAAUUCUGGGGCUGAGGGCAAAUACUUACAUAGAGACAUCUCGGACUGAACUACAUGUUUAAAAAGAUUUUACUAAACAGACUGAGAGUCAGUUAAAGGUGACACUAUGAUCUUCCUGUGUGAUGCUCAUGAAAUAUAUAAUAAACUGUUUAUUCUUAA